GAAUCGCAGGGAGGAAUCUUUGCUCUGAGCUUUUAACCCGAUGCUCAGCCUGGACCUCUGCCUGUUUGUCUGGAGUGAAUUCAUCCUUUGGACCUGCUGUUUGUAUCUUAGGUAGAAGCUGUGGAUGCUGGCUGAGAGGCAACAUGAUUGACUACGAGCGUCCCUCUCCAUUAGGCUUCGGGCCGGCUGGGAGGAGUGUGCUGGUUCCCGAUCUCCCGGCACACACACAUGCACACACACUGACGGCCAUGCCUCAAAGAUACUCCCACCAGAGGAGGAAAGCCAGCACAGCGGCUGCGAGGAGGAUGGAGAGGAGACGCAGGGAACAGGGGAAAAGCAACAACAACAACCCAACUAGCAGCCACAACCACCGCUCCAAGAAGCUGGCCAUGCUCUCCAGGUCCCUGAUCCUGUGUCACUCCAAGACUAAUGAUGACGGCGUGGAAGAGAGGAAUGCUGGGGACAUGGCAGACGGGUGCAGGACGCAGGGCUCAAGCUGGAGGACAGAUGUGACAGCUGGGGUUCAAACAGGGUACAGAGAUACAGAGAAUGGACACUGUAGGACGACCCAGCAAUCAGACCUGGAGAAAAGAGGAGAGAGCAAAGCAGAACAUCAGCUCCAUCAUACCAACACACUCAGGGAGAAUAAACGGAGCAUGAGGAGAUCCUUCAGCAUCAAGGAGAGCAGUAUUUGGAGGAUGUGUGUAGCCACAGGGCCUGCUGAGGACGUGUGUGGACCACAAAUGGCAGAUAACAGUGUUCAGACACAGAACAAAUACACUAAUGUGGAGCCAGGGAGGACUGGAGGGAACCUACACAGAGGCUGCAGCUUCCCGAGCCCAGACAAGCUGGCACCCUUUAACGGACACUUUCUAAGUGGCAGUGCUUGGAUGGAAGGGGAGGCAGUGAGGAGUGUUCACAUUAAACCCUACAGUGAGGACGUUUCCACACAUGAAGACCCUGUCCAUUCACUGACUAAGAGCCCACAGCACCCGGCUCUCAUUUCCCCAUCAGACCCAAUAUCAUUGCCUGGGUACACAGAUGAAGAACGUGUAGCCAACAACAACCACCUCAAGUUACCCAUCCCAGAGGUUAAUGAGGAGAAAUGCUGGGGAACAGAGAAGACUGAGCAGAGCCCACCAGGACAGACAGCCAGCAACAGGACACGGUCAAAUUCAACCAGUGUUCAGCCAUACUGGAUCGGGGAUUUGGACAGCAUCAUCAUGAAGACCCCGGAUCUGUACAGCAGUCAUCCUCAUGGGAGUAGUGGAAUAUAUGGAAACAGGAAGUCUUUGUCCCAGCAGCUGGAGUUUCCUCACACCACCACACAGCCUGUGCACCGUCCCUCCCGCUCUCUCAGCUCUGCCCAGCUGGUGCACUCCUGCAGCAACGUGCAACAAGCCUUCAUUAUCUGUAAUAUCGUGCUGAUGAAGGGCCACGGCAAGGGUCUGGGAUUCAGUAUUGUGGGCGGGAGGGACAGCAUGUAUGGACCAAUGGGAAUCUAUGUGAAAACCAUUUUCCGUGGAGGAGCAGCCGCUGCUGAUGGAAGGCUGCAGGAGGGUGAUGAGAUCCUGGAGCUGAACGGAGAGUCUCUUCCUGGUUUGACUCAUGAUGAAGCCCUGCACAAGUUCAAACAAAUUAAAAAGGGUAUGCUGUCUCUCGUGGUGAGGACCAGCCUACGUGUCGGGGCCCUGUGUGGUCAAGCGCAGGUGGCUCAGCUGUGCAGGUCGCGCUCCCUCAGCUCCACCACUGGCAUGGCCAGGGUCAGUGCUGACAUGGGAGACUUCAACUACCUCAACACCUGCAGCAACACACUGAGCGUCCCCGGUCAGCCUGCUAAACCCAGAGACCGCAUCAUGAUGGAGAUCAUCCUGCACAAAGAGGCUGGUGUUGGUCUGGGUAUUGGACUGUGCUGUGUCCCAUCUGGUGACGGAUGUCCAGGGAUCUACAUCCACACCCUCUCUCCUGGAUCUGUAGCACACAUGGAUGGUCGACUCCGGUGUGGAGAUGAGAUCAUGGAGAUCAACGACACUGUGGUUUACAACAUGGCGCUGAAUGACGUCUACACAGUCCUGAGCCAAUGCACACCAGGUCCAGUCCACAUCAUCAUCAGUCGCCAUCCCGACCCUAAAGUAUCAGAGCAGCAACUGAAUGAUGCCAUCACUCUAGCAGUGGAAAGCAGCAAACUGAGGAAGGAUAAGAGCCAGUGGAGUAUUGAUGGGCUGCGCAGACUGGAGUCUUGCUCUCACAGUCGGCAGAGGUGUGAGCAUUGUCUAGAGAGGAGUUUCAGUCAGCUGACGGUUCGACGAGCACAGAAGACCAUGACCCGCUCCUGUAGCGAUAACACCAACAGCCACCACUACAACCGCUGCCUCAACAUGCACAACCUUCACAACACACACCAUCAGCCAUCAUCACGUGUCCACAGCCUGGACACACCAAAGUCUGUGACAGACACGUGGUCGGACAACAGACUGUCUGUGCCCAUGUAUCCUGACGAGGACUAUAAUAUCCCAUACAACUCUCCUCCUGCCAAUAUCUCCAGUCAGCAGGCCCUGGAUCUGGCCUUCAGGGGCAGCAAGUCUAACUGCAGGAUGCGUGCUGUUCCACGUCGGUACUGUUGGCCUCAGGAUGUGACCAGUGAGGAGGGCUACAAUGGAGACUCCAGUGGUUCUAGUCGAGGAUCUCCAGUUAGAGACGAAGGACUGGAGUCUUCAUCACACACCAGCUGCCAGCAGGAAGGAGAACGAAUAAGAGAACAGUUAGAGGGGAGCAAAGACGACUUCACUCAUCCGGACACUGCUGCCUGCACCGACGACAGUCACAUAGAGGAUUCAUCAGUGGUGCUCUGCUCACAGCCUAAAAGAGGAGCUCUGAGGAGGCAGGCUCGUAUUGAACAACGCUCCCAAGAGCAGCUUCAGGAUCCUUGGAUUCGCCUUUCAGACACAUCCCCUGAAAAACUGUCCGAGACCCACCGCCAACACGCCGCUGACAGCACACGGGCCGUCGACCUCAAGUCUGCCACCAUGAGCGAUGAAGAGAGCCCCGCUAAGCUCAAUGGUACAGUCACAGAUGUGACUUCAGAUCCUCAGUCCAACAUGACUCCUGAAAACACGUGUGAAACUCCAGAAUCAAAGAGGGGGCCCCCGGUGGCACCCAAGCCCACCUGGUUUCGCCAGAGUCUGAGGAAAAUUCGAGAUGAGAAGGACCAGAAGAAGCAAGUUAAACCCGCAGAGCAGAGGCCUGCUGUGGGUUUCAGCAGAAGCUUUGCAAUCAGAUCUGCCUCAUCUGCAGCCAACCUGUCAAUCAAACAAAAGAUCCACUCAUUUGAGACUUUUUCCAGUCCAGAGAGUCCAGACAAGGGGGGGCAUAGGAGGCCUGUGUCCCCUUCCACCUCCCUUCCUCUGGUGGAGAAGGAGGCCAGGAGGGAUCAUGCCCCACUUGAAGACUGUGGGAACAGCAAACAUGGAAUCACCAAAGAGAUCCAGUCAAACCAAACUGCAUGUGUUCAGGAGACAGAACACACUGUCUCCACGUCACCCUCUGCUAUCACCUCCUCCUCUUCUCAAGCUUGUCUUCAAACAACAGAAAAGUCCUGUGAAGAUGAACCUCCCUCUGUCCAGACAGAGACCGAUCUCCCACUCACUGACUCCAUCAGUGCUGAUCUGGACCCUGGGAUAAAUGAUUCUCAUUCCCCUCCAGCUCAUGAUGACAGCAAUGUCUCACCAUCCAAACAGUUGUCUGAGCUAGAGAAAGUGGAUCUCAGCGAGGUCCUACCCCCGGUGACAUCUAUUAGAUCCAAUCAAGAAGAUGGGGAAAGUCCUCCAGAGGGUACGGAGGGGGGUGCAGCACUGAGCCAAGAAAAGCUGCAGAGCACAAGUCUGAGUGCUGGUGUCCCUACAGACAGUACCUCCCUGAGAAGCCUGGAGGGAGAGAGUUUCGGGAAAAUUCUCGCCUUCAGUAACCAGGUUUCACAAGCAUUGAUGCGUUCUCUUCCCAUGUACUCCGGCUCUAGUGACCCUCGCUCCCCAAACCUGCAGGACCCCUCAUCAGUGGAUUCUACAAACCCUGGGUGUGAUCCUGCUCCUGCAGUGGACAGCAGCGACAGAGGAUUCUCUGUCAGCUUGGCCACACUGAGAGAGUGCACCAUUGAGCGAGAGGAGGGGGGAUCUCAUGACGAUGCAGGAGUCACUUCUGCUUCUGCUCAUACUGUCAUCUCAGCCAUCUCUUCCCAGGAAAUACAGAGGAUGAUCCAGGAAGUCACAAUUCUGGAUCAAGAGACGCUGAAGCAACUGGUGGACAUCCAUGUUGUGAUCCUGCAUAAAGAGGAGGGAGCAGGUCUGGGAUUCAGCAUCGCUGGAGGCUGUGACCUGGAGACCAAAGCUCUGACAGUGCACAAAGUGUUUCCCAGCGGCCUGGCGGCUCAGGAGGGCACCAUUCAGAAAGGAGAUGAGGUGUUGUCUAUAAACGGACAAACACUGCAGGGCGUCACACAUGCCGAUGCCACCGCUGCUAUGCGUCAGGCCCGGAAUCUGAAGCUGGCUGUGGUGGUCAUCUGCAAGAGAGCAGAGGAGGGAGGCAGAGAGGGAGGCAGAGAGGGGGGAGGCUGCAAGAGCGAAGAGCCUAACGCUUCAGUGGAGGAGCAGGCAGCUCCGGUGAGGGUGGAGCUGGACAAAGGAGCUGGAGGAGUUGGUUUUACUCUGGAGGGAGGAAAAGGCUCAAUCCAUGGAGACAGGCCUUUUGUCAUCAACAGGAUCUUUGCAGGUGGAGCUGCGGAGCAGAGCGGUCUGCAGUGUGGAGAUGAGCUGCUGCAGGUGCAGGGAAGCAGUCUGCAGGACAUGACAAGGUUUGAGGCCUGGAACAUGAUCAAGGCUUUACCCGAGGGACCAAUCACAUUGGUCAUCAGGAGGCGAGAGCAACAGGGAGCGACAGAAUGAGACACACUGUGGCUGCUGGGAGCCGCUCGCAAAGGAAAAAGAAAACAUCGGAACUUGGGACACACCAAUAUUGGCCUUCUAACAAACUCCUAGAAAUCAGGUAUCAGUGUGGUCCACCUUUUAUUUUUGUGUUAAAAGUUUUUUUUACCUUCAGUAGACAAUUAUUUGAUAAUAGCUCGGAGCCUGGCCAGGCUCGCAAGUAAAUAAAUGAUGUGCACAACACAAUGACUUACUGUAUUAAAUCACUGAAUUAACACACAAGCUAAGAUCUUGUGUUUCUCCCUGCCUCAAAUCUGACACAAGACUGCAUGAAAUCCAGACAGCUCAUUUAGAUCAGACUGCCCAUGGCUUGACAACCGCCACUGUUAAUAUUAGGUCUCACUGUGUUAGGCUACACUGUGGUGAAUGUGUAGCUUCUUGAUUGCACUCUAUGCUGGCCAGUAUAGUAUUACUGAAAAAACAUCCAAUGUUGCAUCACAAAACAGCACUGUCAGGACUAAGGUAACAGAUGUGAUGAUAACACACAAUAAUAACACAAUAUGAAGGAAUCCAUUUACAGAUCCAAAACACAGCUGGUAGCCUGCAGUCCACACACUGGAUGCUCCUCAGUGGCAACACUCAAGUGAACACAACCAACGUCAGCUUCAGUUCCUACUGCUACAGCAACGUGACACUGUGUAAUUGAAAGAUUAGAGUUCCCCUUCAACGGUUGUCCUAUCAUUACACAUAAACAUGUUUGAGGCUAUUGAUGCUAUGUCCUGCAUCAUGGAAACAAGUUAAAUCAUUCCAGAGCCUAACACUUAGUAUUAUUGAUUCAAAAGUCAUGAUUUAUCUUUACUCCACAAAUGAAGGAGAGUAAAAGGCUGUUUAUUUGUUCAUGUUCACAAGGUGGUGAUGAGUCUUGGAAAGUUUCAGUUGUGUGUCUGUGUUUCAGUCCUCAGUGCUCUGCAAGACAUUUGGAGCACAGGGAAAAUUAUUUGAAUUGACUCAAACUCCUCUGUGCUUAAUGAAUGUAUUUAUGAUCCACAAUUUAAAAAAAAGUGCACAAUAUUCACACUGAUGCUGUGAGCAAGUGUUCAAGGGGUUGAGAGUGCAGAGCAAGGACUUUGACAAAUGUCCAUUGUUUGACACCAGUAUUUUAUUGAAAACAGUUUCUUUACUCAGAGGAAAGCAUUCAUGGCAAUGGUAAAAACUAUUUUUCUGUAAAUUGUAAGUGUUGUGCAUGCAACAUUUCUCCAUGCUUAAAAUGCCCCAUUGUCAGAAUUGAUACACAAAUAUGAUGCCUUAAUGUGUACGUAUGCAAGCCAUAAGAAACAAAAGAUCACAAUUUACAAAAGUGAUAUUUAUAGAUGAGUCAUAUCUGCCAUAACAAAUUAAAAAGAUCUUGUAUAAACUUCAAAA